GUUCAGUUGUUUUACAGUGAACAUCAGUGUGCUGUCUGUGUGAUGGGUUUUUUACAGCAUUCAUACCUACAACUUCUGAAUAUACUAAUAGCAGCCUUAUCAGAAUGUAAAGCUGAGACACGGACAUCCUGUGUCGCUUCGGGCAGCAUCACCUACAUGCAUGUGCAGGGUGACAAUGUAUCCAUUUCUUGUCUAAACACCACCCAUAACUCAAAUACAUUUAGAUUGAAACUACGCAGAACCAACCAAGACACAGACAUCCUUCUGUAUCCAAAUAUAUCAUCACAUCAUCAGAGGUGGUCUGUUAGAAAUAAUACUGGAAAUGUUACAGUUGAUCUGAAAGACAUUGUUUCAUUGGAUGCUGGCCAUUAUGAAUGUGAGGUGCACAUGGAUUCAGAGUGUAUUACAACCCAAUUUAAUCUGAAGGUCAAAGAGUGUAAAGUCCUGAAGCCAGUCUGGACAACGCCAAAGUCUUCAAUCACGCUACCGUGUCCUGAACUUCUAAACGUGACCUGGGAAGUCGUUCAUGGUGACCAAUCGAUAGAGAUCACCAACUAUUCAUGCAAGCACUCACAAAGGACGCAAGGAGCCACGAAGCCCCUGUGUGAGAGAUCAAAAAGAAACAACACAUCUCUGAUCAUACGUGAUGUGGUAAACAGCGAUGCGUUGUGGUAUCGCUGCAGAGGGAAUAAAACAUGCUAUGAUGUGAAGCUGCAGAUGAAAGACUAUGAAACGUCUCACGAAACCACAGCUUUGUCAACCACAGUGAGCACAGAUGCACCAGCUUCAGCUGUCAGUAAUGUUGGUCAGAAGGAGGACAGCAGGAGCUCGACUGCAGCAGUGGCCUCUGUUUUAUCUGUGUGUAUCGUCGCAUCCCUGAUCAUCUGUGUUAUUAUCUAUCUGAAAAUACGAAAGAGCGAAACCACCAGCCAAAAUGAAUUUAGACAGAACUCCUUAUAUUUUGCUCGGGAUUCUGUAUAUUAUUCCCAGAUUUCAGAAGGGCUGCAAUUCCCAUUGUAUCAUUUACUGGAAAAUAAUUCAGAAGCCUUGACCACCUUUGGUGAUGUACAAACAGAAGCUGCUGCGUGUAGAUACGUCAGCCAGUCUGCAACAAAAUGUAGCUCUUAAUAUGUUUUUCACUCAAGUUAUAUUUUCACUAGCAGGUCCUUUUGUCUAACUUCUACCUUGGAAUUGAUGGCAUCUUUCACAAGUUUUGAUAAAAUUCAGAAUCUGUCAUCAGCAUUUCUUAAAUGCUACUGUGGAAUGCGAUUAUGAUUUUUUUCUGAUAUGUUCGGUUGUCAAGUGUUUUGUUUUUAAGCUUUUUGGUUUAUAUAAACUGUGACAGAUUUGUUUUGUGAGAGACUCAUAACACAAAAAGACUGACAUUAUACAUUAUAUAGACACAUAAAUCGCCAG